AUGUCAAAUAUUCCCACUACUUUUAAUAUUCUUCCUACGCCUGUUAAAUCUUUUCCAGUAUCGUCACAAUCUGAUCUAAUAGAAUCUAAUCAUUAUUAUUAUAACGAUCACUGUUAUAAUGAUGAUGAUGAUAACUACACCAAUAAUCAUAUUUUCAAUGAAAGCCCAACACCUUUUCGUAAAAUUAAUAAUAAUACGAACAUCAACUACAUCAAAUAUAAUCCUAACAUAGAUAUUGAUCAUUGUAUUAUUUCAAUGAAUACUUGGACAAAAACUAGAAAAUUAUCUUCUUUACAAGAUGUUGUUGAAGAUGGUAAUAAUGAUAUUCUAUUCAUGAAUUAUAGUUGCAAUAAUAACAAUUGUAUUAAUAACUUUGAUGAAACUACAUCAUCAAGACCGUCUAAUUAUAAUAAUGAUGGUGGUGGAAACUUUUACAAUGGUAACAACAAUAAUAGUAGUAGUAGUAUUAAUGUGGAAUUUUCAAGAUUAUCCACAGGAUUCAAGGAAAUCAUUACUCCUACAUUUAAUGAACCAUUGGAAAACCCCUACAAGUGUUUUGAUGUUUCUGAACAUUCUGCCUCUCUUCCUUUCAAUAAUACAUCAAACAAUUCUUCAGAAAUCUCUGGAUUUACCACGGGUUCUGGGAAAAAAAUUGCUCCCAUAUCUAAAGAAUCAAAGGAAAGAGCCUACAAGUGUUUAGGCGAUUCUAAACACACUUCUUCUCCUUCUUCCGAUAAUAUAUUAAAUACUAUUUCUGGAUUUUCGACUGGAUUCAAAAGAAAAAUUAAAUCUAUAUCAAAAGAAUCAAUGAAGGUUUCCGAACAUUCUUCUUCAAGCAUUAAACCUUCAAAAGACAAUGAUAUGAUAAAAAAAUCAAGAAAAAAUCAGCAUUCAAAUUCUGGUUCCAAGCAUAAUUCAAACAACUACAAAAAACCACCAAUCAGAUCUCAUCAACCUAAUCUGAAAUUAAGAACUCCACUCAGAAACACCAUUGGAAACAUGGUGUAUCAUCAUCCCUUAACAUUUAAUGAACAAGAUUUAUUAAAUUUUGAAAUAACACCGGAUGUCUUAUACAUCAACCCAUCAAAUGCCACUCUUUACAAUUUCACUUGGCCAAAACUUUUUUUAAAAUCAAACUGCCAACAACAACAAAAAGCAACAUGGGGUCCAAAUGAAGCUCUGUCAUGUUUAAUUAAAUGUGGUGCCAAUCCUAACCUGAUAGAUCAACAGUGGGUAUUGAAUCAUUACAAAUGGAUUGUAUGGAAAAUAAGUAGCAUGAUUAGAUCAUAUCCUAAUUUAUUUCAUUGUUGGUUAUCAUCUGAUACAGUACUUGACCAAUUAAAAUACAGAUAUGAAAGAGAAAUAAAUCGUACACAAGGAUCUGCUCUUAAAUCAAUUAUAGAAGGGAAUGCUUCACCAGCGUGGCCUAUGGUUCUGUGCGUAUCAGACAUAAUUGAUGAUAAAACCACUCCGUUAACACCACCGCCAUUAUCUUCUUCUUUUUCAAUGUCACCAACACCACCAUUUUCUCCUGUAUCUCCACCUUUCUCCUAUAUACCAAAUUCAUCAUCAUCAAAAAACGGUGCUUUAACUGAAACUUUGGCUCAUGAAUUAGCCCAUUACUUUCAAUAUGGUAAACAUGGACAAAGCAGUUGUGAAAGCAGUUAG